AUGUCCCUUGUACAAGGAUACUCGUCAAGCUCAGAGGAAGAAUCAGAGACGAAUGAGUCGAGGAUAUACGAGGUUGAUCAAUUACCCAAGAGAAAGAAAACUCUGGCAACUACAUUUCAAAAGAUAAGCUAUGACCCCACGAGUUUCGAGGCCAACUUUCAAAAUGAACAGUCUAAGCUCAAAGAAGCCAAAGCUAAAGCGAAAGAAUUGAAGCUACGACGGAAAAUGAAUGGAGGUGACCCUUGGGCAUCAAUAAAUUCAAACAAAGAGCAAGUUUAUCAGCCAAAUGAACCAGUGCAUCCACAAGAGAAGGAGGAGGAGGAGGAGGAGGAACUAGACAGGUUCAAACCGACAACGGAAUUUGUGGGAUCAAAUGAACACGAUUACCAAGGCAGAACAUACAUGCAUAUACCAAAAGAGCUUUCAAAGCAAGUGUCGGGUGAGCAAGAAUGUUUUGUUCCAAAACUGGUAAUCCACACAUUCACUAAAGCCCAUACAAAGGGGGUCAAUAAACUACAAUUCUUUCCACACUCAGGACAUCUCCUUCUAUCUUGUGGGAAUGACGGACUAAUAAAAUUAUGGUCCGUGUACGACUCUUUCGAAUUAUUGCGUGUUUACAAGGGCCACAAAUUGGCCGUUAAGGACGUGUCAUUCAACUCCACUGGUGGGAAAUUUCUUAGCUGUGGGUUUGACAAAGUCAUCAGGAUAUGGGACACUGAAACUGGUGAAGUUAUCAAAACAAUAUACACAUCAUCUAUACCAAACGUGGUUAGAUUCAACCCCAACAACGAUUCUGAAUUCAUUGUUGGUCUACUGAAUCAUAAAAUAGAGCAUUACAAUUUAACAGCCAUCCACAACCCAGUGCAAACAUACGAUCACCAUAUUGGUGCAAUUAAUGAUCUAUUGGUGAAUGAAGAUGUAUUUAUUUCCACAUCUGACGACAAGUCAGUUCGCGUUUGGCGUUGGCAAAUAAAUAUCCCCAUAAAAGUCAUAUCAGAUCCAUCUCAAUUUUCAACACCAUCAAUCAAAAAACAUCCAAAGGCAAACUACAUUGCGUUACAAAGCAUGGACAAUUCUGUAAAAGUGAUACAUUCCACCGGAAAAUACAAGUGGAACAAGAACAAAGUAUUCAAUGGCCAUCAGAGUGCAGGAUACGGAAUCGAAAUCAAUUUCUCACCCGAUGGUAAGAUUCUAAUGAGUGGUGAUUCUAGAGGAUAUGCCGUUUUCUGGGAUUGGCAAAGUAAAAAGGUGGUCAACAAGUUGAAGUUGAGCACUUUGCCUAUUAAAUGCAUUGCCAUGCACCCAUUAGAGACAAGUAAGGUUGCGACAGCUGGCACUAGUGGUGAUAUAUACUACUGCGAUUAA